UGGCCAAUGAGACCAGGUAGCACUUGGAUUUCUUAUGCUUUCAAUAUAGACAAUUCACAAUUAUAAUUUAUAAGUAACUUAUAUAUUGAUCAGGUUCAAGUCGGGUCCGGCAACUCGAGACCUCAACCCGAGCCUGACCCAAGUUUAAUCAGGUUGGUGUUUAUAUAGCCCAAGCUCGAGACCAAACCCGAUACAUGCUGCCCGAGCCCAACCCAAUGUCGGGUGAAUCACGGGUCGGCUGGGUUGAACCCGCCCGACUUUCAGCCCUAAAUUGAUCAGUUCUCUACAUGCUUGUGGGAACCUUCAAACCGUUUGUUUUGAAUAGCAACACCCACGAAAAAAAAGGAGACUUAAUCAUCUACAACCGUUCAGGUGAUCACUCUAAAGUUAUAAAGCCACAAAAAGAAAUGGGUUGUAGCCUACAACUGGUUGUAGGUUAUCACUCUAAAAGAAUUCAAAUUCCCACCAUAAUUCAUGCUCUUGAAAUUAAACUAAUCCUCUUCUCAGUGGUAAUCGCCGACGGUUUCAUCGCCCGAGACAUGACAUUCCAAAACACGGCCGGCCCGCAGAUGCAUCAAGCAGUCGCACUUCGCUCAAGCUCGGACCACUCAAUAUUCUAUCGCUGCAGCUUUAAGGGAUACCAAGACACCUUAUAUGUACACUCCCAACGCCAAUUCUAUCGCGACUGUGACAUUUACGGGACCAUUGAUUUUAUAUUUGGAUAUGCUGCUGCAAUAUUUCAAAACUGUAAUAUAUACGUUAGACGGCCCAUGAUCUAUCAACAGAACAGUGUUACAGCCCAUGGAAGAUCUGACCCAAAUGAGAAUACUGGGAUCGUUAUCCACCAUUCACGUAUUGUGGCUGCACCGGACUUGUGGCCGGCACAAGGCUCGUUCAAGACAUUCCUUGGUAGGCCGUGGAUGAAUUACUCAAGGACGGUUAUUAUGAAGACUUAUAUCGGUAGCUUGAUCGAUCCGGCCGGAUGGGUGGAAUGGAUUGGAGAUUUUGGUUUAAGUACUCUAUACUUUGGAGAGUACAUGAACAGAGGUGGCGGGGCUCAUACUGGCAGACGGGUGAAAUGGCCUGGUUAUCACAUUCUCGUGACUGCGGCGGAGGCUAGAAACUUCAGUGCGAGAAGCUUUUUGCAUGGGGAUGGGUGGAUUCCGGCGACAGGCGUCCCCUACAUUUCCGGCCUUUGAGAGAAUUUGGUCCCUUUGUACUCACGUUUUUGUGUUUUCCAUGUAUUUGUAAGUGUUAUAAAAUAUUGAUUUUAAAUAUAUUUUAAUAAUAAAAGAAAUAUAUAAUA